UAAUCAGAAGAACGAGGACAGGCAUCUGGAGCUAAAGGGGCAGGGGGAAAGAGAAGCUGCUCUUUGUGUUUCCACAGGCACAAAAGACCAGCAUGCUUUGCUUCAGCAGCGCCCUCACACAGAUAUUUCCAUAGCUACAGAAGGGGGGGCAACAGUCUGCCCAGUGACCAUGACAACUGUUGGUAACAGUUUCCACAAUCUUACAUUUGACAGCACUGGGAAAAUCACAGGGGAAGAGGAGGGAGCAAGUGCUGAAACCCAACAGGAGGAGGAGAGGGAGCUUGAGAUGGAUGCUAAUCUCAGUCUUUCACUGGCAGACGACAACCAUAAAAGUCCUGAGCCUCUAGAGGGACUGAGUUCAAGAACUGUAUUUGAAGAAGGUGAGAUUCACUUAGGCUCAGGUACCAGCGCUGAGUCUCUUGAGGACUGCUUGAGUGCUGACUCUGAACCCAGCCCCUCUACCAGCACCAAGGCUUCCCCCUCCAACCAGCAGUUAAGGAGGAGCAGCGCCUGCUUUAGCCCACUACUUCCUCAGGAGAGCCCCACAUUGGCCAAACGUCUCCUCAGGUCUGCCCACCCCUCCACCUCCUCUAAUCCUGUGGUGAAACCCUACCCUCCCAUCUUCCCGUCCUACAUCAAAACCACUACAAGACAGCUCAGUUCCCCGGGGCACUCACCAUCCCACAGCCCCCUAUCCCCACGCAGAGCUCACCAUAACUUUCACAGGAUGAUGGCUGAAGGUCGGCAGGUGCGCAGAAAACGCUCCAGAAGUCUUGCUAGCCCUUUGAGUCGCUCAGCUGACUGGACAGAGGAACUAGACAGGCGAUUGAGAGGCAGGGAGGAAGAUGGAGGAGGCUCACUGAGCUCAGGAGAAUAUUUGGGGGGCCACACAGGAGGAGGCAGCCAGCCCAUCUGUGGAACGAGAAGAUUUUCAUGUGGACAAGUACCUACUUGUGGUUUUCAGGAUGUUUUUACAGGUCGAACUCUUCUGGAGAAGCUGUUCUUGCAACAGCAAGCGGAUGAGCCAGAGGAGGCUGAGAGGCUCUGCUCUAGGAUCUUAGCAAUGGGCCUCCUGCUGCCAUUCACAGACUGCUUCAGAGAACAGCUGGGGGGAAGCACUACCCACAUCACCUCCACUGCAUCACCCAAGUUCGAUCAUGACCAGCUUUACACAUGGGCAGCUGUCAACCAGCCACCACACUCUUUGGAUCUCUGUGAGGGGAAACAACCAAGUCAGAUUAAGGGCCCUUGGCCUCAAGCCAAACCAGGUGGAGAUAACAGGAAUGGACUUCAAUCCGCACAAUCAGAGCUCCAUGCAGAUAUCAUGGGUUUGAGGCAGCAACAUGUAAACAAAGAGGAAGAAUGUGUCUUUCCUUCAAUAAAACUGAAGGAAAAACAUGUUAACGUCAUCCAACAACUGGAACAAACCAUAGAAGAUCUCAGGACUAAGAUUGCUGAGCUGGAGCGACAGCCCCCUCUGGUGGAUAGGGACAGUAUGAAAGUCACCACCUCCACCACAGACCGGGAAUGUGGAGGAGAGGGGGGCCUACUAAGGGGUGUGUGCGAUGCUCACCUUCAGACAGAGGCCUCCUCUGUUGGAGGCUUGGAGGCAAAGUCUGUGCAGACCUCACCAAUGGAUGACAGUUCAAAGUUCAAAGUGCCUUGUGGUGAGCCAGACAGAGUGGACAGAUUCGUGGAGCCUUCCCCCAGUCAUGAUGGGCACCUGUGUUUGUGUCAGCUACAGCCUCCUCCUCCUCCACCCCCACUUCUAGGGGGAAGUGAAAGUGGAGUCUGCCCUCCUUAUUUAGGGCAGACUGGAGCACCUCCUCCUCCACCAUUACCAGAAAUAGUCCCACCUCCUCCACCUCCUCCACCCCCUCUUCCACCAGGUUUAGGAGUUCCUCCACCUCUCCCUGGUUGUCUGGCUCCACCCCCACCUCCUCCUUUACCUCCACCUCUCCCUUAUUGUCUUGCUGCACCCCCACCUCCUCCUCCUCCUCCUGCCCCAGUCCCACCCCUUACUGCUGGCAUGGUUCCACCCCCUCCACCUCCUCCUCCUCCAUUACCAGGAGUUAAAGGCCCACCACCAACUCAAGCCUGUGUGCCUCCUCCUCCUCCUCCUCCUCCUCCAUUACCAGGUGUUAAAGGCCCACCUCCACCUCAAGCCUGUGUGCCUCCUCCUCCUCCACCUCCACCAGGAAACAUCUGUGUUCCCCCAGCUCUUCCAGGUGCUCUUGGCUCCCUGCCUCCUCCACUGCCACCGGGCUUGUAUUCUCUGGGUCUGACACAGGAGAAACCACCCAGAAAGGCCUUGGUAGAGCCACCAAGACCCAUGAAGCCUCUCUAUUGGACCAGGAUCCAGCUCCACACCAAGAAGGAUAUGUCUUCUUCACUUGUGUGGGAAACAAUUGAGGAGCCUAACGUAGACUUUCAAGAGUUUGUGGAAUUGUUCUCCAAAACAGCCGUGAAGGAGAAGAAGCAGCCACUGUCUGACACCAUAACCAAAUCCAAGGCUAAACAGGUUGUUAAGCUCCUAAACAAUAAGCGUUCUCAGGCUGUAGGGAUCCUCAUGUCAUCUCUGCACCUUGACAUGAAAGAUAUCCAGCAUGCCAUCCUGAACUUGGACAACACUGUAGUUGACCUGGAGACCCUGCAGGCACUGUAUGAAAAUAGAGCACAACAGGAAGAGUUGGACAAGAUCGAAAAGCACAUAAAGUCCACUAAAGACAAAGAGAAUGCCAAGCCCCUGGACAAACCAGAACAAUUUCUCUACCAGCUCUCCUUGAUCCCAAAUUUCAACAGUAGAGUUUUCUGCAUCCUUUUCCAGUCCAGCUUUUCUGAGUGCAUGUCAUCUAUCACAAGAAAACUGGACACACUGCAGAGGGUAUGCAAGGUAAUACAGGACAGUGAAACAGUGAAGAAGAUUCUAGGUCUGAUUCUGGCCUUUGGUAACUUUAUGAAUGGUGGCAAUCGAACCAGAGGCCAAGCUGAUGGUUUCAGCCUUGACAUCCUGCCGAAACUUAAAGAUGUAAAGAGCAGUGACGGCAUGAAAAGUCUUCUGUCUUACAUUGUUGCAUAUUACCUCCGACACUUUGAUGAGGAUGCUGGCAGGGAAACAUGUGUGUAUCCUCUUCCUGAGCCUCAUGACCUGUUUCAGGCUUCGCAGCUGAAAUUUGAAGAUUUUCAGAAAGAUCUGGCACGACUCAGGAAGGAUCUGAGAGCAUGCAUAUCAGAAGUCGAAAAAGUGUGUAAGAUUUCAGAUGAGGAGAACUUGGAGCCUUUCAAAGAAAAGAUGGAUGAUUUCCUCAAACAAGCUAAAAGUGAACUGGAGAUGCUGGAUUCUCAACUCAGCAGCACUCAUAAACUGUUCCUGGAACUUACAGUGUUUUUCUCAGUGAAGGCCAAAGCAGGAGAGAAAGAGGUUUCACCUAACAUGUUCUUCUCCAUCUGGCAUGAGUUCUCCUCUGACUUCAAGGACCAGUGGAAGAAGGAGAACAAAACCAUUCUCAAAGAGAGGUUAAAAGCAGCAGAAGAGAGUUUCCGACAGGCCAAAGAGAAGGCAUCCUACAGUGUCAAACCUAAACAAUCAUCGGGAAUUAAAGCCAAGCUUGGCAUGAAAAUUUGACAUAGUGGGCUUGGCAUGCUUGUUUUCAUGACUUUGGACACCAGCAGUGAAUCAACCACAAAAGUAUGAAGAUGACCGACGAGAGAAUAAAGCGACAGAAUAAAUGAGAAUGACCUACAGUAUGUGCAGACAAGCGAUCUCUGGACUUUUUUUCUCAUCAUUAUUUUUAUGUUUGGUCACAUUUGCCUGCACAGUCUGCCUGUUGCUUUAGAUGACUGUUGGAUUCAACAGAAUCAUGAAAAGAUGCUCCUGCAGGGCCAUCAGGUGCACAAUACUUACAGCAAUCGUCAGCAUCCCUUGUCUAUGGAGCCCAGGUUUAACUAAUAAUGUAAUACACUCAUAAUCAUUAACGCCAUCAAGCUUCCUAAAUAAGUAUUUGAAAAUUAAUAAAAACAAUAAGCAAUUAUUCCUAACGACACUGACCUUUAUUAAGAGCAAAUGAGGCCAGUAAGAUGUGGUGGAAAUGAAGCAUCUGACUGAUUAACCAAAGCACUAGUGACAUGAUGGUAUUCGAUUUACUAUGGAAAGUAUU